AUGGCGUCUUCGCCGCCGGCAAUCAUCGGGACGGAGCCCACCUGGGUGCCCUACGAGCCGACCAGGGACUGCUCGCAGGGGCUGUGCAGCAUGUACUGCCCCCAGUGGUGCUACUUCAUCUUCCCGCCGCCGCCGCCCUUCGACCUCGCCGGCCCCGGCCCGGACGACUCCUCCGGCCACGUCUUCUCCCCGCUCGUCAUCGCCAUCAUCGGCGUGCUCGCCACCGCCUUCCUCCUCGUCAGCUACUACACCUUCAUCUCCAAGUACUGCGGCACCUUCGGCUCCCUCCGGAGGAGGCUCUUCGGCCCCGGCCCCGGCUCCGGCGGCGGUGGGGGCAGCGGCGGUCCUGGGAGCGGCCACGGGCAGUCCAGGAGCCAGGAGUCGUGGAACGUGUCGCCGGCGAGCGGGCUGGACGAGGCCCUCAUCAACAAGAUCACGGUGUGCAAGUACAGGCGCGGCGACGGGCCCGCCCUCCACACCACCGACUGCUCGGUCUGCCUCGGCGAGUUCCACGACGGGGAGAGCCUCCGGCUGCUCCCGAAAUGCAGCCACGCGUUCCACCAGCAGUGCAUCGACACCUGGCUCAAGUCGCACUCCAAUUGCCCCCUCUGCCGCUCCAACAUCACCUUCGUCGCCGUCGAGGUGGCGCCGCCGGAGCCGGAGGGCUGUGCUCCAGGCGCAGGCGAGGCCGACCGGAGCACCCAUCAGGUGGUCGUUGAGAUGGAUGCGUUGGAGAGCAUGUGUGAGGAGCAGCAGGAAGCGGUGAGCAGUGGCGGCGUCAGAGCUGAGCGUGGUGAUCAGGAGACGGAGGGCAGCCGAGAGGGAGCAGAGGAGGAGGAUGAUGCCAAUGGCACGGCUGAGAUCAGAGAAGAAGGCGUGCCAGCACCGAAGACGGGGCCCAACCUCCACCGUGACAGCCGCAUGUCCAUCGCCGACGUGCUGCAGUCCACCAUGGAGGACGAGCUGAUCGCAGCCAGGGAGAGUGGGCUCCUUGCAGGCGGCGCCGGCACGUCGCGCCGGUGCCGCGGGGAGAACAGCAGCAGCGGACGUGGCCGCACCCGGCGCGCGUUGCAGGACGACUCCGUGCCGCCGAUGAAGAGGCUGCCGCCCGGCGGCAGGUCGUGCUUCAGCAGCAAGAGCGGCCGGGCAGUCGUCGUCGAUUCAGACCAUCCACUGCGGGGUGGCCAGUCGUGA